CUGACAUCAAAGCUUCCUGCCUCUCGCUCCUCUAUUCCCCCCUAACUGGCUUGUAUUCUGCUGGCUCUUUGCUUUCGUGUACUAUGGAUGAAGACUGAAUACGGAUGGUAUAUCACAUGGGUCCUCUUCUUCGACACGGGGGAUAUUUUGGCACCUCGCGAUAUCUGUCCAGUCAAAAGGAGCAGUUUCAGUGCCUCCCUGUUGGAAAACUUGCUAUCAUCCCUCCGAAGUGUCAGCUAAUUGGCUAGCGGCAAAAAAGGAAUAUAGCGCUUGUACAGAAAUUCCGCCUGCGCCACUAGCCGGUUGGGGCGGGGAGCCGAAAAGCGUUGUUGCUCUGUCGUUAUUCUUACUCUAAAGCUAUCAUCUAAUUGCUCUCGAGAACGUUUUGGAUAGACCGAAGAUUGAAUCUUAAAAAACUGUCCUCAGCCGAGCGCUCUAUCUUUUAUGCCACUAGACGAGGAGGGAGCCAAGUGGUCGUGUGAACCAUGCGUUCGGGGCCAUAGAUCAUCAAAAUGCCAACAUUUCGAUCGCCUGAUGAUGAAAGUGCCCAAGGCCGGUCGACCUCUUGCGAAAUGCCCUCAUCCUAAAGGCACCUGUAGUUGCCAGAAGCUAUAUGCGUUCAUGGUCAGAAUUCCGAAGGGUUCAACAUGUUUAUGUCGGCCCCUUUAUCAAGUUCCCAUGGUGGUGACAGAGGCCGGACCAUCAGAACAACCGGCGUCUGUCCCUCCAGUUUCAAUAGUCCCCACAAUAUCUGGUCGAAACCGUUCUCAAAAACGUUCACGACGCCAGAGCAGCCUCCAAACUGCUCCGGAAUUAGUCACAAAGAGCUCAAGCCCGACUGACCCUACAUGCAACGGGAAUAAUGGAGCCAUGGAUCAUGGGGCUAACCCUACUACAUCGAGUGUACAAUCGCCAUGCGAUGAACAGUAUUUGGAACCUCUCCCACGUUCAACUGAAUUUCCUCUACACCAGAUACCAAGCGGUGGCUUCAACCCCCAUAGGGCUUAUCCAACCCAGUCGCAAUGUCAACCACUUACCAAUAGAACAGGGGUUCAAUCCUCCACCAACGGCGGGUGCUGCGGCGCUCAAACCACCAAUGAAUCUUCAACAAAACCGCACCAAUCAUCUGGUUCUUCUAAAAGCUUAAAGCUAUGGCAAUACGAUACUACUCCUCAAUUCAAGCUGGAGGAGACCUCACCUUCUGAUCGACCAGUCGCGCAAAGCUCUGUCCACUUCGCACCUCAUUACCGUUCGGCCAGCGAGCGCCGCCCAUUUUCAACGAUCGAUGUCGAGAAACGUGACCACAAUCAAGACAAUACCCCACCAAAUUUUCCACAUAGGAAUUCGUUUGCCAACCCCCGAUUGCAUGAGACCUCUUCUGUUCCUGUGACGGGCUAUUCGUCACCGAAUACUAUGAGUCCCUAUCGCUCAACAAUUCAUCCAAUUGGUGAUUUCCCUUGUUCGGGAAUGAAUGAUUUUGGAUUUCAAACGAAUCACAUUCCAGAUGACUCUCACCCACAUAACUGUGAUUGUGGGGAUGACUGUCAAUGUUUGGGCUGUGCUUCUCAUCCGUACAACAACACCACCCGACAAUAUAUCCAGCAAAUGGGCUGUAUGAUUACGUCUAGAGGCCCUGAUCAGAAUCCCGAAUCAAAAGAUAACGUCAGACCACCCUUUGAUAACCACAUGGCACAUAAUACACAUUUUAACUACGGUCAUGGUUGGCCACCAAAUAACUUUCCCUUCCACCUCCCGGAUUGGAACGGGUCACAUCCAGGUCCAUCAUUCAACAAUCCCAGUUCCUCUGCAGCGGCUCCAGCAGUCUAUGACCCUCAUCAAGAUCAAGUGAUGAUGCAGCCCGCUGCGUAUUACGAGCUAGAAUACCCAGUUGGCAUGUUAGACUCUUGCACAAAUACCGCAGGUACCUGUCAAUGUGGAGUCAAUUGUAGCUGCGUUGGCUGCUUAACUCACAAUGGACAUGAUGGAAUUCCCCUUGAGCUCUCCCAACCCCAGGAUAGCCAAGCAGAACGAGGCCCUGCAGCCACGGAGACCUCAAGCUCUACUCCUGAUCACACUGGCCCGCCGGCAGUCUAUACGAGCUCCUUCGGCUUAGCAACCCCCACUCGAAGCCCGAUACCUAUCACGCCGACGUCGCAACUAUAGCUAGGAAGUGCAGUAAUCCCCAUUCAGGCGCCCUGCUCAAGUCACGCUACGUCAGCUCGGCUACCUCCACUAUGCAAACGUUUUACCCAAAACUCGAAACGAUAGGUCACAAGCGAUAUCAAUGAUGCCCCACUAAUAUCAAUUGGAGAUAGAGCAUUGGGCUUGGACAGGGCAUUUUCACUUUUGGAUUGCUUUCCUUUUCCUUGCCCUCUUUUUUCUUAGAUCUUUUUCUCCUUUUCCAACGCUGAAACUCAUGAAGUAGAUGUUGCAACUUUCUUGUUCAUAUGGAGCUCUCUUCUCUCUCUC